UCGGCUGGCAUAGACGCAUCGUUGUUUACACGAAUGGAAAUGUACACACCGAUUAUGCAUUUCACGUGAAUUUAUAAAAUCAUUUUGAUGAGAAACGGAUUUUUAUUUGUGAAAAUUUAACUUUUUUUUGUUGAAAUUUGUUUUUGUUUUUUCGCUUGAUAAUAGCGCGAAGGUAUUCAAAACGCCACAUUCAGUGUGGUUUAGCAUAAAAGAAGUGAAGCUAUAGUUUCGGUAUAAUAAUAAAUUAUUCCCCCGUGUGUGGUUUUGUGAAUUGAGGAGCAAAAAAAAUCGUUUUUUGAUUAAUAAAUCCAAAUUUUCUGACACAUUAAAACAGAGUAUAAACUGCAUAAUAGCUUGGAAUUGUUGUGUUCAUUUAAAAGAACUUAAAAUAUAAAAAAAUCUGCCCGUAAAGGUACGGUUUAUAGUAUCAUUACACACUUUGAAAACGAAUAGUUUGUAACAUCUGUGAUUUAUACUAUGCAAAAGUAGACCAACAGAAAAUAAAAACGAAUAACAAAUUAACGGGAGGCUUCAGUUUAAAUACAUUUAUACACAAGGACUGUGUAUACGCUCCUUACGCUCGGUGUUUUAUUUGCGGUGAAAGGAAAAGUUUAAAUGCUCGAAAGCAGUACCGCCUCAUAAGUGAUUUUCUUUACUCUUUUCCUGGUUAUAAAAAUUGUGCAUUUUGUGCAAAUAAUUUAUUCCGCUGAGUGGGGGCAGCGAUCCGAAAAUCAUUGCAGAAAAACGAAGAAAAACUCUGGUGCAGAAAAAAAAAUUGAAAUAAGAGAAGUUUUGCGAACUGUUUACAUUUUCUUGAUUUUUAUGAGUUUUUCUACUUGGAUUUCCCAUUCCCGGGAUUUUUAUUUGAUUUCAUAAAUGUGAGAAACGACGUGUAAUUGUUAUUAUUAUUGCACACCGAGUGUAUAUUGAUUCGCAUUUAACGUAAAGUAAAUUAAAAAGAUCAAAUUGCCGUGGAACAUUUUUGUUCGAAUUAUUUAUCGGGUUAUAAACGAAAAAUGUUUCAGUGAAUAUCUGUGGUGAAUUCACAACAAAUUGUUUGAAGAAAAGAAGAACAGAGAAACAAUUUGAGAACUGAAAGGAUAUUAACACGGGAUAUACACUUAAUACUUCCUAAGUCGAACGAAGUAGCUAUGAAACAAUUUCAGACGAAUGCACUGUGACAGUGUCCGCUGGCCGAAACGUCAAGACCAAAAAAUAUCUACACGUAUGCAUAACGCAUCGCCGAGCGGUUUCUAAGCAAGUCGCCCCCAUUAAUUCAGAUUAAUGUGGGAGAUGUUAGAUUCGGCUAACGAGGAAUGUGGAAAUGAAUGCUGGGGGCCUGGACCACCGCCCGUAUUUUUAAUACCACCACCGCCGCGACCAACAUUUUUACAGGAAUCAACCAAAUGUAUACUGGAGUUACCAACGGACGCCGAAAUGUGUGAAGCAAUGCCGAUCAUUGAUGCCAGCUUUCAAAGCAGUCCGUCGCUACAGACAUCCACCAUGAUUGCAGUGUGUUCCAUCCUUUUAGUCGUUGUAAUAUUUAUAUCUUCUCUGUUUAUGUGGAAACAUAAAAGAAAAGUUCAAAACUUUUUCCCGUGCAAAACGCCAACACGUGGACACAUAGACACCACAAUAUCCGGAGGACAUUCUGUUACGUAUGAGGAUCCUGAUGCACAUAUGGGUCGACGUCCAUUAGUUAUGCGACAUCACAAUAUGGAGAUGUUGCAUUCAAAGUCUUUGCACUAUCCGAGCGGCUAUCCAAUGACACGAUCACCGCCACUAUUCGUAUGUUCGUCACCCGGUCCCGAUCCAUACAGAUCGCACGACAAUGUCUACGAAGAGUUGGGCCCACCACGAGAUUCGGAUGCUGAAUCGGACAUUGCGCUACAUUCGGAUGACGAUUUCGCCGAAGACGAAUCAAGCUUACCAGGCGAACGGUCAGUGAAUAAAUUAUCGUCACACGAUGUUACGCCAACUGUUGCAACGAUAUAUCAUGAACGAGUGGCGGCUGGCGGUGGUGGUGCUGGUGUGAACGUGAACGGCGGUUUGUGUUUAAUUGAACGAUCGGCGAAUGAACGAAACUCGUUGCUGUCGUCUUCUUCGUCGGAUCGUAAUGGCUGUGGUAGUAGUAGUGGAUACGGGAAUGAUAAAAGUGUGCAUAGUGCGAUACGAAGUUCGGCCAGUCCGGAGAGUGGUCUGUUUCGCGGUGGUCGUCGGCUAUUCAAUAGUCGAGCGAAACAGCGAACGUACAGCACAGACGAAUUGAACACAUCGUCGGAACAAACGCCGUCGGAUGUUGUGCCCACUAUUUAUGAUGAAAGGAAUUUACUGACCCUACCUUAUAGUCAUAGUAAUAGUAAUAGCUUUAGUAACCAUAGCAGUAGUCAUAGAAAUAAAUCAAUAAAUUGUUGUAACUCAACGGUGGCAAAUGACGAUGUAGAACGUCGCAAUCAUAUAAACAAUCAGUUGUCAAGUAACGCGGUGUCGACAAUUUAUCGUGGUCGUACGAUGGCCAACGGACGAAAUCAGCCGUCAUUAAAUUACCAUAAUAACCAUAGCAGUAGGUCACGAACCAAUCCCCGAUCAUUAGAUAGACGAAGAAUCAACACCGCACUACCAUCACCGAGCACUGAAACGUCGUACGUUUAUCCCGAACCGAUGUUUCACGACGGUAUGGUCUACGAUUCAUGCUUGAAUCACCAACUAACCGACAGAAAUCAUUUGUAUCCGUACAUCUUGCCCGAAUUCACGUCAUUUCGUAACAUGACCCAUUCGGCAAGCGGUGCCGAACAACCGAAUCAACCGAUCCAUCCGAUUUAUUCGAGAGAUUCGAGUUUCGGUUCGGAUUCGGGAUACAGUCAUCACACACAGACAAGUGGUCGUGGUGGUGGAAGCGGCAGUGCUGGAGGUGGAGGUGCUGGGAAUCAGAGUGGUGCUUUGAGUAGUCUGUGGGGACGGAACAAAGAGAAUCCGGCAAGAAAGGGUAAUAAUACCUUUGAUGCCUCCUGAAAAUAGGGAGAUCAUUCUGGGUCUCAGAUAAAGAAUUUUGUUUGAAACAGGCCCGGACUGGCCAUACAGGCUAAUCGGGUAAAUCUCGAUGAUUCCUUGGCCUAUUUUACUUAAUAUUCCCAGUUCGAGCCUGGUCUCAAAUGUGAUUUUCGUUGGUUUCCGAUUCCAGUCGCUGCUUCUACUAAUUUUUCCGAUUCGAUUCACUGAAUCAAUGUUUCAGUUGCCCGGAAUUAUUGAACAAAUGAUGAUGGGGAACCAUUUUAUUUGUUAGUUAAAUUGUAACGUUGAGUCGUUUACAACUACGGAACAGCUAGAGAGUCGUAUAAAGUAAUCGUCUAACAUUCUAUUGUACAUAGCGUCCUCCCCGCCAAUAAAAAAUCGACAUGAAAUUUUCGUUCAUCAUAAAAACGGAAUGGAAUCUUCUUCUACUUCUACUACUAUUUUCACGAUCCGUUCCACAGUUCCAUAUCCAAUCGAACGGCGAAUUGUAACAAAAUGAGUUCACCAUUCAGUGGUUAAAAUUGUGGUUGACUGUGUAUAAUCCUUCUGUGGUAGCAUUAAAUCCGGUACAUUUAUGUGUUAUAAUGUUGUAGAAGAGAAAAAAGUAAAAAGAAAAUAAAAGUAAAUAUUACCCAAGCACCAGGGUCUAUUAUUGGUAGAUUUAUUCACUGGUGUUUAAUGAAAUUUACCGGAAAUUUAUCAUAAAUUUACCGGAAAUUUACGGAAUAUUUACCGGAAAUUUACGGAAUAUUUACCGAAAAUCUACAGAAAAUUUACCGUAAUAUUUACCGAAAAUUUACCAAAUAUUUAAAUUUACAGAAUAUUUACCGGAAAUUUAACGAACAUUUUCUGGAAAUGUACUGCCUACAUUUUCGGAUAAAUUCAUUAAAUCUUAAGUAAAUUUCGGUAAAAAAAUUUAUCAAUAGUAAGCCCUGCCAAGCACUUCAACUACACUCCUUUUUUGCUCUAACGUUCUCUCUCAACUCCCAAUAAAAACAACCAACCAACCCAAUAAAUAAAUACAAAUUAUCCAAUGAGUGUUAGCUGGUAUACAUUCUACAUAAAAAAUUAAGAGUUAGGAUAUUUGUGUUUUAUCUGCAAAGCAAUUAUAGACCAUUACAUAUACCACAAGACUGUUAAAAAUGAGGCGAAUGAUACGAAAAUAAAUAUAAAAAAAGCGGAGAGAAAUAGGAUUCGUUUUUAAGUGUUAAGGAUUGGAAUUGACGCGAUAGAUAGAAUGUGAUGAAACAACAGCUAUAGUAAGCUAACAAAAGGAACGAGACACGAACCCACGGAGAAAUAAAAUUAAUGUGAAAGUUGUAAAUAGGAAUUAGGUAAAUAAAAUAGUGAAAAUGCAAUUUCAAUAUAAAAAACAAAUCAUUUUAUGGUCAAAACAACUGUAAUACACAAAGAGCACAAAAUAUGUAUCCUAAAUUUGAGUUAGAAAGCAUAUUUAAAAGAAGAAAAAACCUACUUAACAGCCACAUACAAGUUAUAGGUCGAACAAUGUGUGAAAGAAAAUUGUAAGAAAAUAAACUAGACAUCACAGCCUGUAAAUUAUUUUAUCUUUAAACAAAAGUUGAUUUCAAAAAAAAGUUCGGAACAAAGCAAAAGUUAUCAUUCGAACAAACUUAAACUAAUUUCCACAAAAUCAUGGACUCUUAUCUGGCAAAUGUAAGCAGCAUAAAUAAUAAUUACCAUACACACCACACACACACACACACAAUAAAAUCCCUGGCUCAAAUCAUCAAUAACAACCACAAAAUUGUAAAUAUAUUAAAUUGAACAGUUACUAAGGAUAAUGAACCUGCACUCAGUAUAUUUUGUACAAUUCAAAUCCAAUUUCUACGUAAGAUGGGCUUUGUUCACAAAAUGGCUACGGUUUAGUUAAGUGUGCGGAACGUUUGCAGCUUUUGUAGCGAUUAUUUUUACAAACGAAGUUGUUGUCUAAUGAAGAUGACCGUUUUGUGCACAAAGAGAGCGAUAGAAACAAGUUCUUAGGUCGAGUUGUUUUGUGUAGAAAGACAUACUUUCUACGCGUAAAGAUUCUUUACAAAGUAGAGCUUUUUUGUACACAAAGACGAGCUUUUUGCACACAAAGAACAAAAAGAUGCACAAAGAGCCUUUUGUGUCCAAGAUUAAGUUUUUUCAUAUGAAAAGCUGAAUACAAAGACGAGCUUUUAUAUGAACAAGAACCAAAUUUUUGUGCAACCUAUAGCAUUUCUGUAUCUGCAUACGUAGUUUCCGUAUAUAUGCUCUAGCUGUUCUACAUACAAAGACUAGCUGCUUUGCGAACAGCGACAAGCGUUUCGGUGUACAAAAAGAAACUUUUCUGCGUACUACAGACACAAUUUCUUUGUAGAAAUACGAGCUUUUCAGCGUGUAAAGGCGAGAUUUUCUGUGUACUAAGACGAGCAUUUUUGCGUCCAAAGUCAAGCUUCUCAGGGUGCGAAGAUCAUCUGUCUUGCGUACAUAGACAAACUUUUCGACGAACAAACUGAACCUGCAAGCUUUCUGUACACAAACUAGAGCCCUUCUGCGACAAGAAGGACGAGCAGUUUUUUUUUUUUGUAAACAACGACCAGUUUUUCUGCGUAGAAGAAUAUUUUGAAUUGUACACAAAACAGAAUUAGCCAUAAGCAUAUCGUAGGGAACGGAUAAAUGGUCGAAUUUUAAAUAAACUAAAGAAGAAAAAAAAACAUUUUUAAUUACUAGUUAGAUAAUUGCCGAUGAAGAAGGAGAAAAAAAAAAUUUAAACAAAAAAAGGAUAAAUACAAAAAGAUGUAGCGGAAAAGUUUACCAUUCGCAUUGUUUUAUGUUGCACAUGAAACAUUUUCCCUUGAUUGAAUUGCUUUUUUCCUUGAUGUUUUUAUGUUGUGUUAACGAUCCUACAUUUUUCUCUCUAUCCUUGUUUAUUUGCUAUUCAUAUACGGACAGACGAACACUUUAUAAUUCAUUUUGUUUUCCUUUGGGCGAACGUAUUAUAUAUUGUAUAUUGCAAGAGGAAUUCGUAAUUUAUUUCUACAUUUAAAGUUUCGUGUCUAAUGUGUCAGACGGGGCGGUUGUUUACCGUCAGAAACUUGUAUUUAUAAUGAAUUGAAUGAUGAACUCGGUAAUUAGUAAUUGUUUUGUAUCAAACUGCUAAUGACUUUUCGAGCAUUGGUAACAACACAUUUUCUUCAAACUCAUUAUAACUUCAACAUUAUGGGGGGUGUGAGAAUUUCCAACGAAGCGAAGUUUGUUCGUCGGUUAGAUUCGUUAGCGUUUGAGCAACGGCAAACGUUUUGUCGUUAUAUGAUCCGUCACUCAAUUUGUUCUAUCGUCUAGUGUUUGACACAACAUCUUUUACUUUAUUCGUUUUAACAUAAACGUUUUCACAAUGAAAGACAACGUUAACCGGUGGUCAUCGCUUGUUUUUGUCAUUGCUGUUUCGAAAAGAUUGAGAUCAUUAGAUUUCUUAGGUUUUUAUAGAAUCUAGCAACAAUCGACGAAAAUUUAAACGGUUAAUUUCGUCUCAGCCAAAUCAUUUGAGUACAAACGUCAAAUUUGUUUCUACCAAUCCAUUAAGCUCCAUUCAGAAUUCCUAUAAAAAACUUAUAAUUCUACUGUAUGCGUUUCGAUUUUAAAUUCGUCAGUUUUGCGUCCUUAUUAUACCUGCAUGUUGGUUUAAUUUUCAUAAAUUUCAUAAUUUCCAUUAAUUUAAUGGCAGAGGUGUCAUAAUAAGUUCAAUUAGCCCAGUUUCACAAUUCAGUUAAUCACCUUACAAUGUUGAAAAUUUUGCCGCAUAAAGCAAACGUUUCACAGCCACUCUGAUACAUACUGGGUGUGUGAAUAUUGAAUGGAAUUAAAUAAAUCGAUUAAUUUGUUCGAAAUAAAUAAAUUAAUUAAUUUAUACAACAACAAAACCGGAAAAUGUUAUAAUGAAUGGAGCAAACAGGACUCAGUAAUACACUGAAGCUGAUAUAUAAAAUACAAAAAAAAAAUGUGUUAUUAAAGUGUAGUUAUAUCCGAUUACACAAACGCAACGACGACGAAAAAAAAUUAAAUUUAAUUUCGCUCUUUGUAGACCAAAACAAAAAAUAAAUCUGUUUAUUCAGGCGAAAUUUCAAUUAUUUUUUAACACAAUUUGCAAAGCAGAUAAAAAGCUUUUAUUUAUUUAUUUAUAUCAACUGAAUUUUUCAAUACAAUUUCCAUGCAAAACUAUAAAAAUGACCGAACGGCUACAUUAUCAUUUCAAAAACAUAAUUUUUCUUUGUCAUUUUUGGUCAUACCCAAUUUAUAAAAAAUUCGCGGAGAAAAUUUCAAUUGCUAUUUGAACCAUUAACUGCAAACCGUGAAAUGGUAUAUGCUUUCAAGUAGAAAAAAUUGAACAACUGCUGGACUUCGGAUGAAUCUGUGUUUGCGCCGCUGUUCAAUGGCAUUAAUACCCGUGGACUCAAAGGAAUCAUGAGAAUCACGUGAAUCAUUAGAAUCACGUGAAUCAUUAGAAUCACGUGAAUCAUUAGAAUCACGUGAAUCAUUAGAAUCACGUGAAUCAUUAGAAUCACGUGAAUCAUGAGAAUUACGUGAAUCAUUAGAAUCACGUAAAUCAUUAGAAUCAUGUGAAUCAUUAGAAUCAUGUGAAUCAUUAGAAUCGCGGGAAUCAUUAGAACCACGUGAAUCAAGACAAUCAUCUGAGAGAAAUCCGUAGAAUCAUUUGGAUAAUCUCUAAAAAAGUUCGGAUAUAGCUGGAAGAUUGCGUCAUUUUUUUUAUACAAACGUGACAGUACAGUCUCGGAAUUAUAAUAAGUAACAAUUACAAUCCAAUCGACACUGUUCAUCCUACAUGCAUUACCAGCGUUACUACAUUUACGUAUGUAUAUUAUUAUAACGUGUAAAUCGCAUGUGGAAUGAAUAACGUCGAUUGGAUUGUAAUUGUUGAAAAUGUAACUUCCUAUAAUUCUUCCACCGUAUUUUCCAGACUGAUUCACUUUUUGAGUGUUGAAAAUAAUGUCCAGAUGACUUGAAAUCAAAUCGCAUCUGGAAAGUCGUCGAUUGAUUAUAAGACCACGAAAACCUUUGAGAAUCACAAUAUCAGAUUUAUAUUAACCUUGCGAUGUUCUUCGAUACCUGAGAGCAAAUUUCACCUAACGGCGAAGUGUACACUAGGCUUAUAGUAAAAACAACAAAUAGAAAUUACCAGAGGUUUCCGAGCAACAAUGACACCAUUUCGAUUUUAAUUAGACUAAAACGAUGAAUUCAUUUUAAUCAAUUCUAAACAAAACUGGGAUACCCUGGAAUAGUGGGAUAUAGGAAAACUGUAAAAUUGUUAAUAUUAAAACCUAAACCAACAGAUAUGAACGAAAUAAUAAAAAAAAUAUUUUAGAAGAAAAUUUCAAUAGCAGAGAAAACCAAACGGAAUGCAACAUAGACCCUUCAAAAAAGCAUUUUAUCAUAACACACUCAUAACUUAAUCGAUUAAUCAUUUAAAAGAAACAAAUUAACUAAAAAAUAUUGCAGCAAUCAAUCAUUAUAGUAAACAAUAAAAAUUAUAUAGAAAACUAUGAAUGGCAUACAGAAAGUAUAAUUUAAAAAAAUAAUAAAAUUAAUGAAAAUGCAAAAUAAAUAAAUGGAAAUAAUUAUAACAGUUGACUCAGUAAGUGCGUCAAAACUCAAGUAUUGGCUGACAAAGUGCCAACACUAACACAAAUUGUCAGAUACAGAGCGUUCAAAUAACCCUCUCUACGUGUUAAAUGUUAGACUAGAAGGCGCACUUAUAUGGGUGAGAAAAAAAAACUCCUAACAAACAUAGGUUUAUUUGAAAAAUAUCACUCGACCUUAGGUACCUGCCCUUGUAAACUAAAACUAAUAACAACAACAAAAAAAAAACUUAUUUUAAACUCUUAGUCUAAAACGUGAUUUUAUUGAAAGUAAA